AUGAGUUUACUGGAGGUAGGCCAGGUCCUGGAGGGCCCGAAUGACUCCUAUCUGGUGCAGCACAUAAUGGGUGAAGGCGGGUUCGGAGCCGUGUACAGCUGCGCGACCCAAAGAUGGACGACCAGCAAAUACGCGGCCUUAAAGCUGAUUAAAGACCCCGACAACUACAGAGCAGCUAUGGACGAGACUGAAGUGAUGCAGGUGCUUAGGGAGCACGAGGCAGACCAGCAUCACAUUGUGCGAUGGUUCAGCACUUUCGUCGCCAAUAGAAGCAUGAUCCUGGAGUUUGAGCUGUUGAACCUUUCCUUGUUCCACUUCCUCCAGUGCAAUGGGAAGAUGAAUCUGAUGGACAUCCGCCCUGUGAUUAUUCAGAUGGCCACAGCGAUGAAAUUCCUGAAGGGUCUGGGUCUGAUUCAUGGUGACGUGAAGCCGGAGAACAUCGUGUUUGUGAAUCAUGCGAAGGGUCCAAAAGUCAAAAUGAUUGACUUUGGAUCCGCGCAUUGGUCUGCGGCGGUGACGAAAGGAGACUUUUUGGGAACUCUGUAUUACUUGGCUCCUGAGGUGGUGCUGGGAGCACACUUCAAUGAGGCCAUUGACAUAUGGUCCUUCGGCUGCACAGUGAUAGAGAUGCUCACUGGAAGAUGGCUGUUCCCUGUCGACGACAACAUUCACCUGAUGAGUCACAUCGAGAAAGCAGUGGGGAGCAUUCCGAACUCAGUCCUGAAAAAGGGAGUUCGGACGAAUACUUUCUACCACCAGAAUUUAGUCAAUGGCAAGAAAGUCUGGACCCUCAAGACAAAGGACUCCAAUCACACAAAGCGGCCCAUAAAGAACCUGAAGAGUUUGAGCUGCUUGGGCCAUCAUUAUCAUUCCCCUUCGAAUGAGCAAAAGGUGGACUGGGAGCACUUUGUGGAUCUGACUCAGAGGAUGUUCGGCCUGGAUCCACAAACAAGGAUCACACCGGAGGAGGUGUUGGGACAUCCCUUUGUUUCCAUGAGUCACCUGAGCACCUUCAGCACCAAGUACGUGACAAACUCUGCAGGGCUGAUGCACGAUGUAUCGUCUCUUCCCUGUUUUGAAGCGAUGCUGCAGCCAGAGGAACAGCCAUCCACUUCCAAGGCCUCAGUGACGGCUGAGACUCAGCGGAUAAAGGCUACACCAGGGCUGAAGUCUAUACUUGUGAGGAGGCAAAAGCUAAGCGCUAGCAGCCACGACUCCGUGAAGCUGAUCAAGUUCGCGGACGACACCACCCUCAUUGGACUCAUCUCCAACAACGAUGAGUCCGCCUACAGGAGGGAGGUGGACCGGCUGGUGUCCUGGUGCAGUGGUAACAACCUGGAGCUGAACGCCCAGAAGACAGUGGAGAUGAUUGUGGACUUCAGGAAGAGCACUGUCCCCCCGCCCCCACCCUCCGUGAUGGACUCCCCCAUCACCUCUGUGGAGUCCUUCCGUUUCCUGGGCACCACCAUCACCCAGGACCUCAAGUGGGAGCCGACCAUCAGCUCCCUCAUCAAGAAGGCCCAGCAGAGGAUGUACUUCCUGCGGCAGCUCAGGAAAGCCAAGCUGCCUGCACAGAUGUUGGUGCAGUUCUACACGGCCAUCAUCGAGUCCAUCCUCACCUCCUCCAUCACCGUGUGGUUCGCUGGAGCCACAGUCAGGGACAAACAGAGACUACAGCGCAUUGUGCGCUCUGCAGAGGAAGUGAUCGGCCGCAGCCUUCCAUCGCUGCAGGACCUGCAGGAGGCUGCGGUCCAUCAGGACUAG